AUGUGUGGUCCAUGCCAAAGGGAAUGGAUUAUCCGCAUUCCGGAUCGUUAUGUAUCAAACGGAGCAGUAGCUCGGAAGACAAUGGAACUCGGAGAAAUGAAUCUUGAAGUGGAGCUGGAAGAUGAAGACCAGGAAUGUAUACAUCACUAA